AUGUCCACCAUAUUUGAAGAUGAAAAUGAUGACAAUGAAGAAUGGAUGUCCAUUGAUGGUGAUAAUGAUGUCACAUGGAAUUUGUAUGGUGAUAAUAAUGAUGAAACCGAAGAUAAUAGAUUAACUCAUCAUCAUAGAGAGCCUGAAGAAUUAAAAGAUCUCGAUUGGAAUGAUAUACCUAAUUAUAUGCGGCAACUUAAAUAUAAUCACUUAAAAGUACAUGAACGUCAUAAGACUCGCGGUGAAAAUCGUACUAUCCUAUCUAUCCGACGAAAAUCAAUCGCUGGAAACAUCAUUAUUCGAUUACCAUACAAGGGUACUUCAUUUUACUUAGGUUCUAAAAAAGAUUUUCACCAGAAAUCAAUUGAUUAUAUGAAGCGAACGGGUGUCUACAAAUGCAUACAAAAAUUAGAUCGUACUAACGACAAUGUCAGUGAAACAUGUUUAGCUGAAAUGGUGAACGGUGUCGAAACUAUGUUGGAUAAUUUACUUGAUUCAAAUUGUAUCUCAGAAGCACAAUAUCUGUUAAUGAACAUUGUGCCAACCUCAGUUCGAAUGCAUUAUCUGUAUUUUGUACCCGAAACUGGUAUGGAAAAUAGUCCUCUUCAACCGAUUUUCGUCUGUAAUGAAGGUCCAACAAUGAACAUAGUGCGUUAUGUAACUCCUCUUCUAUGGUCUAUCUUUGAUCGAGCAACAAAUUGCACCCGAUUUUCCAAUGGUGCCAUUGAUGUUAUCCAUGCUAUGGAACAUUAUGCUCAGAUGGGUCAACUUCAAUCUCAAAUUGUUUUCGUUACAUUUAAUAUCAAUGAAUUGACAACUAUAUUUCCCCAUGAGAAAACAAUGGCCACAUUGGCCUAUUUUCUUCGAAAACAUUUAUCAGAUCAAAAAUUAAAUGAUCUUACUAUUGAUACUAUCCUGAAACUAGUAGAUUUUGUUUUAAAAACUCAAUUCUGUGUUUAUAAUUACACAUUGUAUCAACAAAUUCAGGGUGGUGCUUCCGGUUUACCUUUAACUAGGUUCUUGGCCUAUCUUCAUUUCUUUUUUGGACAACAUAGUGAACUCGUGAAAAUCUUUACUAAAAAUAAUGAAUUUUUUGGCAGAUAUCGAGAACAAGCAAUCUUAACAUGGCAUGGAUCUAAAUAUGAAUUUCUUAUCUUGUUGAAUAAUGCUCCUGUGGGUGAGGAGCAAAUUUCAAAUGCUGUGACAAUAUCUAUUGGAUCCACCGCCUAUUUUCAAGAUGUAGAAAUGAGUUCUACUCAUCAGAGUAGUCUCGAUAGUAAAGUUUACUAUGAUCCCUAUAUUGAUACUUUACCGAAUGUAACCGAUGAAAUAAUGGAAAAUACUUCGAAUCAAUUAUACGCUGUUCUGUAUCGAGCCGUUCGUUGCUGUUCUGAUGUCGAGAAAUUUCAUAGUGAACUCCUAUUUAUCCAAGUAUCAUUUCUACUAUUUGGUUCUACCACAGAAUUUAUUCACUCGGGUAUUGAACAUUUUUACCGAGAAUUUGGUUUACCUGAAACAUUUUCGGCAACAAUUUUGGAUGAUAAUCAAUAUAAUUAUUUACGUCGGCGUAUUAUCGAAGAUGUGGAACAACAAAUAGAAUUGAAGCAGCAACGUGAAAAAGAAAUAGAUCAUACAAUAUUUAUGGCAUGCCCACAUUUCAUUGAUCAAGAUAGUACAGAUGCUUUCAAGCAGUGUUUUGAAUAUUGGUGGAAUAAUUAUUAUGCUAGUGGAUCACAGAAAAAGAUUUAUCAGAUCAAAUGGAUACGACCCACAUCCAUUGCAGUUCCUGAUGGUCACAAACUAUUUCAAUGGUUUGAUAAUGAUGAAAAGUUAAAAUCAACACGUAAAUUAGCUCAUACUGUUAAUUCUAUGUAUUAUUUACAAUUGCAACAACAAUUAUGGCCAGAUUAUUUCGACCUGGAUUGGCGUGCUAGUAUGGCAUCACGUUGCUCAAAAACAAUGACACAAUUAAAAUUUGAUUUAAUGGCUAUGCCUAUUGGUAUCGCUCAAGAUACAGCUCGUGGCGAUAAUCAAUUGGCCGUCGAUACAAAAGAUAAAUUGUGA